AUGAGAGUUUCUUUGGUGCUGUUACUUGGGCUCUUAAGUGUAUUGCUUUUGGCCCAAAAUUCGAAUUGUGCAGAGACCGAUGAUGAUGAUUAUAAAGAUGAAGAUUAUGCCGAAGGUGAAGAUUACAGUGAUGAACAAGGAGACGACGAUGGUCAAACCAUAGCUGAACCCAAUAACGACGAUAAGCCUGAAGAAGUUGAUGAGGCCGAUAAUGGCGAUAACGAUAACGAUAACGACGAUAAGCCUGAAGACGGGGCAACAGAAUCUAAACAAGUUGAUGAGGCCGAUAAUGGCGAUAACGAUAACGAGGAUAAACCUGAAGACGGAGCAGCAGAAUCUGAAGAAGGUGAUGAGGCCGAUAAUAGCGAUUACACUGAAGAAGAAGAGGGAGUAGAAUCGAUUUCAGCUCCAGCUGGAAAUGUAGCUCCACCAAAACAAUCUAAGCCGAAUGUAGUAAUUAAACCUCGCCCUCCAAAUCGCCAGCAGCAGGCAAAUAAAAAUCGACAGUCUAAACCUAAGGCUAAAAAACCAAAACAGGCAAAUAUUCGGAAUCAGCAACCGAACAAAAACCAGGCAAGGAAGCAGAACCAAGCAAGGAACCAGAACCAAGCAAGGAACCAGAACCAAGCAAGGAACCAGAACCAGGCAAGAAACCAGAAGCAGGCAAGGCAAGAUAUCCCUGUAAGAAGACAGAACCCGAACAGGUCUCGUAUGCAAAGAAGACAGUAA